GACAACUUCUGUACCUAGGGAUAGUGGCGAGCGAGACCGCUCAGUACCUCGGGCGAUCCAGCGCUGCAGCAGCCGGAAUGUUCGCCAAACUUUUCAUCUUCCUCCUUCUCCAGCGGGCCAUCCAAGCCAGGAGCAGACAUGAAGAGGAAGAAGAUGACGAUGAGGUUGGGGUGAACAAGACUUGGGUGCUGGCUCCAAAGUCUCAAGAUGCCGAUGCAACACACAUUCUCAACUCGUUGCUGGGAGGGUAUGACAACAAACUGCGGCCAGAUGUUGGCAUAAAACCAAUCGUUAUUGAUGUGGACAUCUACGUGAACAGUAUUGGCCCGGUGUCGGUGAUCCAGAUGGAGUACACCAUCGAUAUCUUCUUUGCACAGACGUGGUAUGACAGGAGGCUGCGUUUUAACAGCACACUGAAAGUCCUGACCUUGAACAGUAACAUGGUAGGGAGAAUCUGGAUUCCUGAUACUAUUUUCCGGAACUCCAAGCGGGCAGAUUCUCACUGGAUCACCACACCCAAUCAGCUGCUGCGGAUCUGGAAUGACGGCAAGAUUUUGUACACCCUGAGACUCACAAUUGAGGCAGAGUGCCAGCUGUACCUGCAGAAUUUCCCCAUGGAUGAGCAGUCCUGUCCCCUCGUCUUCUCCAGCUAUGGAUACCCCAAGGAUGAGAUCACCUACCGGUGGAGGAAGUAUUCUAUCGAAGUGGCAGACCAGCGAUCAUGGAGACUUUACCAGUUUGAUUUUGUUGGCCUGAGAAAUACAUCAGAAAUCCUGAAAACUACAGCAGGAGACUACACAGUAAUGACCGUUUACUUUGAUUUAAGCAGAAGAAUGGGAUAUUUUGCCAUACAAACCUACAUUCCGUGUAUACUAACUGUUGUACUGUCAUGGGUCUCAUUUUGGAUCAAGAGAGAUUCUACUCCAGCCAGAACCACACUUGGGAUCACCACCGUACUGACCAUGACAACACUCAGCACCAUCUCACGGAAAGCCUUGCCCAAAGUCUCCUACAUCACCGCCAUGGACCUCUUCGUCUCUGUUUGCUUCAUCUUCGUCUUCGCUGCGCUCAUGGAGUAUGCCACCCUCAACUACCUAGUAGGGACCAAGAGACUCAACCCCAUAAAACGCAAACUCAAACCUGAAUCCUGCCCACCGGGGACAGACCCUUGCUUCACCACCAUCACUGUCAACAACCUGGGCCAGUGGCCGGAGCCUGAGGAAGACCUGGCGGAGGACUGCCUGGAGGGGAAGGACUGCCGUUCCUUUUUCUGCUGCAUCGAGGACUGUCAGACGGGCACCUGGCGCCGGGGACACGUCCGGAUCCACAUCUCCCGGCUGGAUGCCUACUCUCGCGUUUUCUUUCCCACUGCUUUCCUCCUCUUUAACCUCGUCUACUGGAUCGCUUACCUCUACCUGUGACCUUGUCUCUCCCUCCCACACCACCUUAAUUCUGCAAUAAAACUUCUUCCCUGUCUUCUCUCCUGACAGAUUAUUGGAUCGGGGCUUAAAAGCAGGUGGUGUAGGCAGGUGGGCCAAGUUAAAUAGGGAGGGCCAACAACUGGAAGAUUGGGCUAAUAAUUGGGCUCUUACUCUGGGCUCUAUGGUGGUGUUCUGCUUGGCAGCGGCAAAUCCACCUACCCUGGACUAAGUGACAGGAAUCUACCCAACAUAGAGGGCACCAUCAGGAUGCCCAGGUCUGCUUUUCCAUCAGAGCUCUGUUAUUGUCCUGGUGCUAGCUGGAAUUGCUGGUUGGUUCAGAUCACUCGCCUUCUACUCUGCCAACCACCACUCCUCCAACUGCACUCACCCUGCCUCUGCCCAGCACACUGAGGCUAAUUCCAACCACCACACUGUCCACCAGCAACCGGGGGGAUCCUCUGACCUGUGUAACCAAGCAUUGGCCAUCACUGAGUUUGCCCAUGCAUGGUGUGGGCCAAGCACGGGCAAAUGGGAUUUGAUCAGGUAGGAAUCUUGUUUGGCAUGGAGGAGCUGGCGUGAAGCCCUGUUCCCAUUUACUCUACGACCCCACGAUGUCUGAGUCACAUAAACGCCCUGCCUUUCUCGGGCGGGAGAGACCACAGAAACAGGUAGGGGGAAAUAGUGAGUGACUUCAACAGCAAGAACAAAAACUGAUAAAAUGAAUGAGAAAUCAACAAUGGAAACUGCAGGUGACAUAUACUUCAUCCAACAUACCCUGUUCAUUGCACUUUCCCACAUUAGGCCCAUUUCCUUCGGCUCCUUUUCUUUCCAUGUUCCAAUCAACCGCAAAUAUACCUGCCUGUACCGCCACUUUUGCUAGCUCACCAACCUGUGCAUGAAAAUCUUGCCCCUCAGAUCUCCAUUCACACCUUGGAUCUUUGCCCUUUAGUUUUGGACUUUCUGACCCUGGUUAAAUACUCUAUGCCUCUCAUAGCUCCAUAAACAUUCAUAAGAUCACCUCGUAUUCCAGUGAGAAUAAGUAUAGACCAUCAAAUUUUUGCCCUCCAUUCCAAGCAUCACCUUGGUCAAUUUCUUCUGUACUCUCUCUAUUGCUACCACAUCCUUCCUGUGGUGUAGUGACAAUACACAAAGCAGGGGUUCCCAACCUUCUUUGUGCCACACACCCCUACCAUCAACAGAGGGCCCCUUGGACCCCAGAUUUGGAACCCCUGUUCUAAGUGCAGUUGAACCAAGGGUUUUUAUUCAAUGGAAAUCACUGAUCAAAUUUUGUGAGGUUGUUACCAAUGCAUCCAUUGUCUCCUUCAGAAAUGCGAAUUACAUUUUGCAGGUUGUUGGUGGUGGGGUGCUGUGUCGGGGGGAGGUCUGAUGGCUUGUUGCUGCUGUCUGGAUCCUAUACCCACAUGAAUAGCAGAUCUUCCCCUUUACCAGUCUCUGCUGGUAUCUCCAGUUUUUUUUGUUAGGAGCAAGUGAUACUUAAUGCCCAGGUGAUCCCUCAGCCCUUUAUUGCCACACCCACAGAUAGCUCCAGCCUGCCCGAGGAGGUACAGCAGGCCUCAACAUUGCCUCCUGAGCUCAUGAAGAGUCACAGUGUCAGGCAAACAAUCUGCAAGGAAACUUUUCCCCUGAUUGCUGCCCACCACCACCCCGCCAAUCCCAGCCCCAGCUAAUGAAGCAGGGCUCCUUCUUGUAGAACAAUCCUUGGAAGAGCCACCGAGAGCAGCAAGGGUACAGAAUGUGAGCUGGCUGGGGACUUCAUUGUCUGUCAACAGGGGUGGGUGGAAGCACCACUCCUGAUCUAGCUGGCCAAGUCUAAGGUGAAAGAGUCUGUGGCAAAUAAUAAGUGAAUCAGCACCAGCGAUAAACCUACUUCACCUCACCCUCGCCUGUCUAUCUGAGGUGUACGCACCUGUAUGUGACAUUGGAGAGGUGACCAUCAGAUACUCCUUGUGGAGACCAGGUCUCCUCUUCACACGAAGACCAGCUUCCAACAUGUUGUGGACCCAGAAUGUAUCUGGCAGUUCCAUCCUGGAAACUGGGGAGGCAACGUGGACCUUCCACCACAUUAGUCCCAUGGACCUUCAUCCUACAGUGAGCCAGGAGACCAGCCCUAGCGGAGUGAGGAACGUAGUACACCAGUGAGUAACGCCAGAUGUAUCUAGUGAGGUGCAACACAGGACAAGAUGUGGAAGGACAUCCCAAGGUAUGUUUGCACAUCUGGAGGUGAAUGGUGGUGAAAAGUUAAAGAGCUAACAGAAAGGUGGACUUCAGCAAUGCGAGAGCCUACAUGUGAGUGACAAAGACAAAUACGUCCAUAUAACCCUUCAGCCAGAGUGGUCAAGGAGUCCAUCCACUAUGGCUGACCAUUGAGGUACCUGUCAUUAUAACAGUGACAGGACCAAAACAGUAUCAUCUGGAGUGCUGAGGAACACUCAUAAGUCAGACUGAUUCACCACUACACCAGCAGCUGUACAGCAGGGCUGAAAAGGAGCCAGAUUUGUUCUGUCCAUAAAAUGCACAGCAAAUCCAAUGGGACCACAUCAUUCCCGAUUAUUCUACCUUCUGUCACAGGCAAACCGUUGACAGGUAUUGCACAGAAUGAUGUUCACCUUUAAUCUGCUGACAGUGCCCAGGGCAUCUGUGUUCCUGAUAUCUAUCAUUCCAUCUUUGGUCAGGGUGCACGUAAUGUACAUUUCUUACAAUUGCUACUUGUACUCCACUGUCUAACGGGAUACUGCACUGGCCCAUACGGCUGACUGCCUCUGCCCUUGGUGUAUGGACAAAGAAGUUGGUGUACAGAAGUAAGCAAGAUCCAGGACAGUGCACGUUUGAAUCAGAUGCAGGACUUCGACAUAAUCACUUGAACCUGUUCUGUGAUUAAUAGAUCAUGGUUGCUACGAAUGUAACCUUGUCUACCUACUGCUGUAACUGUCUGCCUCCUCACUUAUCAGGGACGUAUCUCCAUCUGCCUUCAAAAUAUUCAUGCACUCUGCUUCCCACUACCUUUUGAGGAAGUGUCGUAAAGACUCAAAAACCUGAGAAGCAGUUCUUUUCAUAUCUCUCUCUUAAAUGGCCAGCUCCUUACUAAUAAACAGUAACCCCCAUCCCUGCCAGCAGUUCCAGAAACAUCUUCCCACAUCCAGCCCUUAGGAUUAAAAUGUUUUAAUCAAAUCUCCUCUCCUAAAUCCCAAUCGGUACAAAUGCAGCCUGUCUGACUUCUCCUCAUAAAGCAAACCCUCUGCAUUCCAAGUAUCAGUCUGGUAAACCUCUGAUCUGUUCCCAUUAAGGUCUUUCCUUAAGAUUCAAGAUUGUUUCAUAUCAUUUCUUGUACACAGGUGUAAAGGAGAAAAAAAUAAUUGUUACUCCAGAUCCGAUGACACACAAAAAAUAAAGAACACAAUAAAAAUAACACAAUAAAUAUAAAUACUUUACAGCUUAUACACUGCACAUAGAUUGAUUGUAUGUCCAUAAAGUGACACUAUGCACAGGAGUGUCUGCACAUAAG